AUGGGGCAGCGUCUGGGCAAGCCGGACGUUCCGGAGAAGUUCCUCACCCCCCAGGGCUCAGCGCUAGAGCCGGCCGAAGCCAGAAAGUUCAAGAAGCUGGUUUUGAAGGGAAAGCUGGCGCCGUUCUAUCCUGGAGUGGACGACACGGCCCACGAUUGCGAGGUCGAUGAAUGCCCAAUCUGCUUCCUGUACCACAAGCACGUCAAUCGCUCCAGGUGCUGCGGCCAGCGCAUAUGCUCGGAGUGCUUCGUCCAGAUAAAGACGGCCACCGGGACGUACCUUGGAUCGCUGUGCCCCUUCUGCAAGGCCAACGAUUUCAACGUGGAGGUCUGUGGACCGAAGUCCGAUCGUGAGAAGCAGCAGGAGCGGAUGGACGAGCAGCGUGUGUUGGAGCACCGCAUCAAGGAGAGGGAGACACCCUUGAAUCAAAACCUGGCUGGCAUGGUCCCUGACGUGCCGGAGAUUGUUCCUAGAGAAGACAACACAGCCAGGCCGGCCGAGGAAGCUACACAAGAUCCACCCAGGGUUGAUGAGGUCACUGUUCUGGAUGCUGCAGAUGUGCCAGAACAGACCACUAUUGCGCAGUCCACAGUGGACAGCAUGGCUGCAACGUUGGAGCAUCUUCAGGGUGCAGGAGCUGUCCAGCCAUCAAAUCACAGACGAGCAGUGUCUGCUGCACAUGGACAUGGCUUGUCUAUCCAUGACAUGCUGCAGUGCACCGAGUACUUGGGUGUGUUCCCUGAAGACCUGGGGAUGAGGGUGGACGACUUCAAUGAACUGCUGCUUGAACAGGCCCUUAUAAACUCCAUGCUGGAGAACAGGCAGACCAACCAACGCAACCAAGCCACCCAACACAAUGAGAUCGCCGAGGCACAGAGCCUCCCUGAGCCAGGCCCUGAUGGGAGGACCUUGCCUGAGGAUCCUGCCGAGAUCAGGAGCCUGGACAGUGAAGCCACGGACCCCAACUGGGAGCUUGUAUCCAUGCCAAGGGGCUCAACUGGCACCUCAGUUGGCUGGGAGAGAGUCAGUAGCGAGGCAGGUCCUGACAGCUCGCCUCACAUCUCCAGAGGGACUGAAGCAGCACAGGGAGCAGAAGGGGAACCGCACGGCAGAGUGGUGGCAUCUGCAUCCACCUCGGACAUGUCUGGAAAUGCUUGCCCUUUGGGCCAGAGCGAUGCCUUGGGUGACCAUCCGAACAAUUUCCAUGGUCGUGGCCUGGGUGCCACUGGGCGCAUGCACCGCCAGCUGUCUCUACCCAGUCGGCUCAGUGAGUCUGAAGCCUCCUGUGAAAGCGGCAUGUGCGUAUCAAACUGUGGGAAUCGAACAGGACAGCUCAUGCCUGUGGGGCUGUCCUGUAGCCAUGCGGGGGACCGAGCGAGAGGGGAGGGGGGUGAGGGUGUGGCCGAUGGUGGGGUACGGGAGGAGACCCAGGAUGCUGCUGAGAAUGAGAGCACAGGCGAGGCAGGUCUGAAUCAGCGACGAUUUGCCUGGCUGUCCUCUUAUUCGGCUGGGAGAGGCCUCCAUGCAGGUGAUGACAGCAGGGACCAGGAAUCAGGGAAUGUGUGGCAAAGCCUUAUUUCUGCACUGUCGCUCACUGGUGACAUUAAUCAGGACUUUAGAAAUCUCCACAUAGGGAUGGUGUUUGUGAGGCAUGACAUGGAUGCACACCAAGGGCCAGUGACAGAGUCGGAUGCAUACCAGCAACAGCAGCAGCAGAUGGAUGAACGCACUGGGGAGCACACUGGCAACACGAGGGCCGCUGAUCCUGAACUCGAGGAAGGAUCGAUUGUGGACAGUGAGAGGUUGACCGACGUGUCAGAUGCUGGGGAACAGCCCAUGGAAGACUCCUCGAAUUCAGAAGCGUCAGAGGUUGAGCUGCCAGAAUUGGCCUGGCAGAGCAUGGAGGUCAACCAGAUAGAAAUUCGUUCCAAAGACUAUUCGGCUUCAAAGACGAUUGCCGUGGAGAAUCCAGAUGGGUCACUUGCGCUUGUGACUGUCCCAGACAAGAGUGGGGAGACUGCAGCUGGUUCGUCGUUUGAGGGGCCAUCUGGUAGCAGCAGCACCAGCACCGGGAGGGACAGUGUGGAUGCCACGAUUCAAAGGGCCAUCAUGGAGGGAGAUGUGCUGGUCAGGUCCGCUGCUGCCCAGGCAGAUGCUGCGAUUGUGGCAGGCGCGCGUUCAGCGGAUCAAGACUGGGUGGAAAGAAUGCGAGAGCUGGAUGAGCGUCUGAAACGGGCUCUACAGGGCAGUGAGGAUCCCAGCAUGCAAUGA